AUGGGAUCAGGUUUUUCUCACAAUCACCGGAGCAGCGUCUCUCCUCAGCAGCAGCCGUCGUCGGCCCGCGUCAUCGCUACCGAUGGCUCGCUGACGGAAUUUUCUGCCUCCUCACCUGUCAGCGUCUCUGAUGUUCUCGGCGAUAAUGCGGGGCCCCGGUUCUUCGUGUGCAGCUCUGAUGCGCUCUACUUCGAUGAGGACGCGGCGGCGCUCGGCGGCGGCGAGCUGCUCCUGCCCGGCCAGAUAUACUUUGUUCUCCCCGUGGCCUUGCUCGGGCGGCCACUGUCGAGCGUUGACAUGGCAGCCAUGGCAGUGCGCGCUAGCCAGGCGCUGGCGAGGGCGAUGGUGAGGCCAGCUCGCGGCGUCAGGAUGUCACGAGUCGCGCCGGUGCACGCCGAGACGGCCCAGUAA